AUGCGUUUAUUACAAUGGAGUAUGUCUCGUCAUGCAUUAGAUUCUGUGUAUAAAACGUAUAUAAUGACUAAUAUCAAUUAUGCAAGUGAAAUUUACUCCAUAACUACGCAAGUAAAUAUUAAAAAACUUGAGAGAGUUCAGUAUCAAAUUGCUUUAACAGUUAGUGGAGCGAUGCAGGGUUCGGCAGCAGAUAAAGUCAUUCGGAAUUUGGGAUGGUUAACAUUUUCUCAGAUAUUUUAUACAAACAGAAUGUAUAAACUUAGUCUACUUUAUCCAGAUCCAGCAGAUUCUACACAAUAUUUAUCACUAACAUAUAGACAAUUAAAUCGAAUAACAAAUUAUUUAUCCAGUAAACUUUCCAAUCAUUUUGUUUCAUUACCAACUACAACAGUUGUUUGUAUAUUGGGUAAUAGUGACGUACGAUAUUUAUUGAUGAUUUAUUCAUUAUUAAAAAUAAAAAAUAUAAUUGUUUUUCCAUUGAGUAUAAAUAAUUCUAAAGGUGCCUAUGAACAUUUAUUAAAUGUAACAUGUGCAACACACUUAUUUACAACAGAAGAAUAUUAUGAUCGUAUACAAGAUAUUAAUUAUGCUUUAAAAGUAAUUAAAUUUGAUUUGGAAUUUAAUAUUAGUGAUUUUUCAACAAUAGGAAAUGAUGAAACAAUACUAGAUCACAAGGAUUAUGUUGAUGAUAGUCAUGAUGAACUUGAUCGUAUAAAAAUAAUACUUCACAGCUCUGGAACUACAUCGUAUCCGAAACCAAUUCGUUUAACCAAUCGAGGACUCUUAAGCAUGUAUCAUCUGAUGAUAAAUAUAAAUGAUCAAUAUUAUACAGAAAAUGAUACGACAUUAACAUGGGGUUCAUUAUUUCAUAUACUGGCACUUGGGACAUCUAUCAAUACGUGGCAAGCAGGUGGUGCUUAUGCCCUACCAUUAACAAAAUUAUAUCCACCAACACCAAGCGAAUUAUUAGCUAAUAUAAAAGUUGACAAGCCAUCAAAAAUAACAAAACUAGUAUGUGUACCAACAUUAUUAGAACAACUAAUUAAUGAAAUGAGACAACAGACAAAUGAUGGUGAAAUCGAUUUUAAACCAUUGAAAAGAUUAUUAUUUGUUUCAUAUGCUGGUGCGCCAUGUCCUGACGAGUUAUGCCGGUUAUUAGUCAAAAAUGAUAUACGCUUAAUUUCUACUUAUGGAUCAACGGGUAAGUUAUCUUUUUCAGAACAUAUAAUGUUUACCUCAAAUUUCAUGUUGUUUCAAUUGAAUUAA